AUCAAAAGGGCGGAGGGUGCCGAAGCCUUGCCAAGGGUUCACUGCUGCAGGCCAAGGCAGAGACGGGAGCUCAGGCGCUCUCCUCAGCACUCCUGGCCCAGCUGCUGGAGGUGAAGAGAAGACAGGAAAGGAGGAGUAACCCCUUUGGCUCUUGCACUGUGAGAGAUGUUGCUUCCCACGCAGCUGCGGAGUGAGAGUGAUUUUGACCAACUUCCAGACGAUGUACCUGUUUCUGCUAAUAUUGCAGAUAUUGAAGAAAAGAGAGGUUUCUCUAGUUACUUUGUAUUUGUGAUUGAAGUGAAAACAAAAGGUGGGGCCAGGUAUAUGAUCUUCCGCCGUUACCGUCAGUUCUAUAACUUGCACAAUAAGUUAGAGGAAAAUUAUGGAGCAGAAAACAAAAACAGCCGCUUUAAUUGCACACUUCCCAUCCUGCCAGGAAAAGUUUAUGUUGGUGCAAAGAGAGAGAUUGCAGAAAGCAGGAUCCCUCUACUUAACAUGUACAUGAAGAAACUGCUUAGUCUACCAGCUUGGGUGCUGCUAGAUGAAGAUGUCCGACUGUUUUUCCAUCAGUCAGACUUUGACAGUGAGCAGAUACCUCAAGGGCUGCGAAGGCUUCGCCCACGCACUCGCCGUGUCAAGAGCAUUUCUCCCCAAGAACCUGGCUUUGACAGACUGGCAGCUCCACGGGCUGAGGCGCUGUUCGAUUUUACUGCAUCCACUAAACUGGAACUGAGCUUCAAGAAGGGAGACUUGAUCUAUUUACUCAGCAGGAUCAACAAGGACUGGCUUGAGGGAACUGUCCGAGAUGCCACCGGCAUUUUCCCAUGUGCUUUUGUGACUAUCAUCAGAGACCUCCCCCAGGAAGAAGACCCUAUCAACUGGUUGCGCUGCUAUUACCAUGACGACAACGUCAGCACCAUCAGGGACAUAUCAGUAGAAGAGGACUUAAGCAGUACCCCAUUAUUCCAAGACUUAAUGGAAUUAGUCAGGCGAGAAUUUAAACGGGAUGAUAUUGCCCUGAAUUACCGUGAUGCUGAGGGAGAUCUGAUCCGUCUACUUUCGGAUGAAGAUAUUGUGCUCAUGGUGAUGCAGGGCAGGAGCUGGCCUUUUGAGAAGAACAUCUUUCCAUGGAAACUGCAUGUUACCCAGCAAGAUGAUUACAGUGUCUACAACCCAGCAGGACCUGCUGUCUCAACAUGAAUAAUACGACUGUGAUCUUUAUGGCCCAUGCUGCUUCAGCAGGAAGUAAUAGUAAUACAACAAUGGAACAAUGAGGAAUUCACCUGCUAUAUAGAUUAAGAGAAUGCAUUAAAUAAAUGAAGAUUGGUGGCUAGGAUUCCUCAGGAAUAUACAGGCUCUGUUCUUGGAUUAGACCACAGGUGGACAACACAUGGUCCACAGGUUCCAUGCAGCCUAUGGAGGCUGCCAGUGCUGCCCCCCAUGGGUGCUCUGCCUUCCCAGUUUCCCCUCCCUACAGCUGCAAACAACCCCCUAACUCAGGGGAUGCAAGGAGCUAACACCCAUGGCUGUAUGUAGCAGCAGAACUGGGCCAAUGUCAACCCAUCAUGCAGCUGUUUGGUGGGCAGGUGGGAGUCCAGUUCUUCUGGGGAAAAGGUGUGCAGGGAGGCUGUUGUUCACAUGUUCAUUUCCCAGCAGAACUGGAUCAUCCACCAGCCUGCCCAACAACUGACUGUCAGGCUGGCAGCAAAACCCUACUUUUGCUUCCAUGGGCUGGUUGCAGUGGAACAUGGUAGCUUGGAGAAGUGGGAAGUUAAAUCUUCCUUCUCCCAAUGGUCAAGAUCCAGGAUGUUUAACUGUGUGUCAAGACAUCCUCCUCCAUUCCAGCAACCUGGAUCAUGAUCUCUGGGAGGAGGAAGAGACUUCAAGAGAGCCACUAUGCUGCAAUGGUCAGAGUGUUGGGCUGCGGAAUCUCAGAAAUCCGGGUUCUAGUCCUCACUCAGCUAUAGGAUCCUCAUGAGGUGACUUUCAGCCUGUCAUCAGCUCUCAGCCCAACCUACAUCAGAGGAUUGUUGUUGUGAAGAUAAAAUAGAACUAUGAAGCCACCUUGGAUUGCCCAAAAGAGGAAAAAUGGUGCCAUAAGAAUAAUUUAACCUCUCCUUCACCCUACCAAUCAUAAUUGAAGGUGCUGGGGAAUAUAGGUGGGAGGGCGGAGGAGUAAAUGUGUGGCUGUGUGUGGGUGGGUGGGUGCAUGCAUGCAUGGUGACAGGAGGAGCGCAGCUCCUGGUGGUGGUGGGCCGCCAGGAAGCUGGAAUUGGCUUUGAGGAUGCUCACCCUGGAUUAUAGCUAGUCAUCUGCUCUGAUAAUUGGCUCUUUGGAUACUAAGCUCUUGUUUUGAUUGAAGUUUAUAAUGUUAUUUUGGUAUUUAUUAAUUGAUUCUUAUGGUAUCAUAACAUUUUAUCAUGCCAUUAUAUAACACUGUAGUAACAAGAUGCUACAAGAACAUUCAAACACCUGUGAAUCACUUUGAAUUUCCCACAAUCUAAUUUUAGUAUUGUGUUUUUGUUAUUAGCAAUGAGGAAUGUCCUUUUGUUCAUUUUAAACAUGCUGCUUAGUAGCUUCCUCAGGUGGCCUUUUUACUGUUAUGCAAGCCUGUAACACAUAUCUUUAUUCAGCUAGCUAUCUUUGAAAUUCAGAAAGACCAAGCAACCUGGAGUUUAAAAUGCAAGGAAAUCACUUAAAUGCACACAAAACUGUAUAUAAUAGGAUAUAAAAAGGUAUACAUUAUGUCUGGA